UGCUUGCUGGUGGUAAAUUAAGACCAUUGAACCACCUAAAAUCUGUCAAUAAAAUUAUUAGGGAACAUUAUGUCUGUCAGCAUUCUGCAAGUUUUCAUACAAUGUGGGCAGCAUGCAAAGCCUAGGAAAUCAGCUUGAAUGACAGAUAUUGUAUUUAUAAGCAUAAAGUAUAACCAAUCUUCUUGUUCGACCUUCAGGUGGUGAAGAUGAUGAUUGUGGUGGUAUGUACAUUCGCUCUUUGUUGGCUCCCCUAUCACGUCUAUUUCCUGAUUCACCAGUUCUACCCGCACCUGUUUGAGCAACCCUUCAUUCAGCAGGUCUAUCUGACUAUCAUGUGGCUGGCAAUGAGUUCCACUAUGUACAACCCCAUUAUCUACUGCUGCCUUAAUGACAGGUUCCGUGCGGGAUUUAAGCAAGCAUUCCGCUGCUGUCCGUGCAUCCCUGAGGGAUCCUACGAGGGUCUAGAGCUCAAGUCCACCCGAUACAUUCAAACCCAGACCAGUUUGUACAGGGCCAGUCGAAUGGAGACCACUGUGUCCUGCGUGAUGCAGCCAUGUGAAGAUGGCCAAAAGGUCACGUUUGGGAGCAUCAGAGGGGCCGCAGGGAGACUGGCAGUUCACAGCCCCUCCAGGGAGUUCGCCUCCAAUGGCUCGUCCUCUCGCAGCAUCUCCAAAACCAUGUCAGAGACUUCCAGCUUUUACUCCAGUAACCUACAAGAAUGAGAGUGCAGAAGCACGAGUCAAGGAGACCGAAUGCCACUACGUUUGCGGAGAUGUAAUCGUUUGAAGAAUCCUCAUCUCCCCCUCCCAAGUGUGUAAAACCUGAGGAUUACCUUGAGUAUGUGCAGAUGUGUGUUUUAGUUGGAUGAGUACACACACGCUAAGAGUUUUUAAUUUCAAAUGAUCCUUCAUCUUUCAUUCGUGUACCAUUAAAUUCAUGAGGUUUAUAAUUAUGAUUAGAGGAACUUUUACAUGGAUUUUUUGGGAAAGGUUUUCUUACCGUAGUGAUGUAAAUGACAUAUUGCUCUGUGCUGACUUAAAUGAGAGCCUGAUUGAUUAAUCCUGCAAUCACU